GGUACUGACAGGCGGCCGAGCGCGCUCCCGUGUCCGGCGGCUCUCUGCUGCGAGUCACAGAUGGAGUUGCAGUGACCCCCGCUCUCCGGGCUGAACAUUAAAAAAACAACAACAGUAAUUUUUUUACAAUGACACCCGAAGAGAGCGAAAAUGGAGAAAACGCGACGAACUCGCAGAGUGAGAUGCUGAUCAACCAGUUGAGGGAGGUCACCGGCAUCCAGGAUCCUCAGAUUCUCUGCAGAGCGUUAAAGGCCAGUCAGGGUGACGUCGGCCACGCUGUUGGGCUGCUGACAACCCAGCCAGCAGAGGUUCGGGAUGCCAAAGAACCACAACAGUCCGAGACGCCUUGUGUUGCUUGGGAGGGACAGAAAGCAGACCGCGAUGAACUGCAGACCGCCAUCGAACUGAGCCUGCAGGAGUCCCACAAGGCCCAGGAAGAGGAGCGGGAGUUCCAUCGGGCUUUGGAAGCCAGUGCCGAGGAGAACUCUGCGAGAAGCAAGAGGAAGCGAUGCGAGGCCCAGAGUGACAUGUGCAACCCGGCAGACUGGAUCCGCCACGACGACUGGCCUGUCGGCAUCCGCAACGUCGGAAACACCUGCUGGUUCAGCGCCGUCAUCCAGUCGCUGUUCCACCUUCCUGUGUUCAGAAGGCUGGUUCUCAACUACCAUCUGUCUGAGCAGAUCCUGGACAAGUGUAAGAGCCACGCGGACAAGAGGAACAUCGCCUUCAUGCAGGAGCUACGGUGUCUCUUCUCCCUUUUGGUGGGCUCCACACGCAGGUUCGUCGACCCCUCAGCCGCCGUGGAGCUACUGCGAGAUGCAUUCAGAACUAGCGAGGCCCAGCAGGAUGUGAGCGAGUUCUCCCACAAGCUGCUGGACUGGUUAGAAGAUGCCUUUCAGCUCGCCGCCAAUGGAGAUAGCCCAGCAGAUAAGCAACAAAACCCCAUGGUGCAACUUUUCUAUGGCACUUUUGUGACCGAGAGGAAGCAUGAGGGUCAAAUCCUUUGUAACAUUGAGCAGUUUGGCCAGUACCCCCUGCAAGUAAAUGGCUUUAACAACCUGGACGAGUGCCUGGAAGGCGCCAUGGUCGAGCGGGAGAUCGAGUCGCUUCACGCCGAUCUCAGCGUUCCCUGCGGCAGAGAGAGAUGGUUCAAGAAGUUGCCGCCCGUUUUGACGUUCGAACUGUCCAGAUUUGAGUUCAACACCCAGCUGGGCCGCCCCGAGAAGAUACACAAGAAACUGGAGUUCCCGCAAAUUAUCCACAUGGACAGGUAUCUUCAUAAAAACCUACAGUGUACUCACGAGAGGAGAGGAGAGGUGAAAAAACUGAAGGACCAACUUGCAGCCCUCCAACAGAAACUUGAAUGCUACAAGAACUACGGUUCAGGACCCAGCAAGUACCCUCUGGCCGACAUGCUGCAGUUUGUGUUGGAGUUUGCGUCCACCAAGCCCGCCGCUGUUUCCCCGGCCGAAGACGCCACACCAGCUUCUUCUUCACCCACUCCUCCCAGCCACCCGCUCAGCGAGACCAUCAACCAAGACGACAGUGACCCUGCAGACGCGGAGGAGGGCCGGGUUUCCAGCUGCCAGCGCACGCCCAUCUACAAGCCCUUCACCCAGUGCAGACACCCUGCCGACUGCCCGGCCCAGCCGGCCCCCCACAGCAUCACUGACGAGGAGAUGCACUUUGUUAAGACCUGCCUGCAGCGCUGGAGGACGGAGGUGGAGAACGACGUCAACGAGCUAAAGGCCAACAUUGACAGGCUGAGUCAGACACUGGAGGGCAUGUACUCAGACAACACCCUCUGCCAGGUCCCCUACAGAUUGCAUGCGGUGCUGGUGCACGAAGGCCAGGCCUCAGCGGGACAUUAUUGGGCGUACAUUUACGACCACGCCAACCAGCGCUGGUUGAAGUACAACGACAUCAGCAUCACAGAGUCCUCGUGGGAGGAGCUUGAGCAAGACUCUUUCGGCGGGAUGACCAACGCCAGCGCCUACUGCCUGAUGUACAUCGACGACAGGCUACCCCACCUCAUCACAGAAGACACAGAUGACGAGACGGGCCAGGCGCUGCAUGGCAUAGACUUGCUACCGCCCGUCCUAAGACGCUACGUGCACCAAGACAACCGUUGGUUCCAGCAGGAGAUCAGCGAGUGGGAGGAGCAGCUGUGUCAGGCGGCCGCGCCGCAGGGUGAGUCCACGCUGAGUCCUGCAGAGCCCCCAAAAGCCAGCACUGACGACACUCAGCAGUCUGCACCCGUCGAGCCCGCACCACAGUCGGGACCUCAGACUGACGAACCUGCUCAGGGAACUGCUUCGGAGCCACAACCAGAGGCGCAGACGGAUGAGGAGCCGGCAGGACCACCAGAAGGACCACAAGUAACGCCUCCCCUACAGUCAGGCUGCCAUGAUAGUGAGCUCACCACCAGCACCAGCCAGGGUUCCACCAGCACCACUACCACUAGCAGCACCAGCACUGCCACUGAGAAGGAGCCUCCCAGUCAGACUCUUUGCCCUGAAGUUGAGCUCAGUAGCAACCAAGAGCCACCCGACCUGUCGCUGAAGAAAGAGGAAGCAGAGAAGCAAAAUGGAGAAGAAGAAAAAGAAGAAGCUCGGGAGGCCUCUUCGGCGGAACCUCCUCAGCGUGAAGCAGAUGGUAAACACGAGGACCCGCAGGAGGAGGAGGAGCAGGUGCCUGCAAGACGGCGGCAGGCGGAGAACGAAGUCUCUGAGGUGGAGAUCCCCAAUGUGGGAAGAAUCAUGGUGAGGGCCGAUGCUGACGGUUACAAUGAAGAGAUGAUGCUGACUCCGGCCAUGCAGGGCAUCAUUCUGGCCAUCGCAAAGGCCAGACAAACCUUCGACACCGAGGGUUCCGAGGCUGGUCUCAUCAAGGCCUUCCAUGAAGAAUACUCCCGCUUGUACGAGCUCUCCCAGGAGGAGACGACGCCGCGGGAGGACGCUCGUCUGCAGCACGCUUUGGUUUACUUCUUCCAGAACAAGGCGCCCAAACGUGUCAUCGAGAGGACGCUGCUGGAGCAGUUUACAGACCGCAACCUCAGCUUCGAUGAAAGGGCCAUCAGUAUUAUGAGGGAAGCCCGAGCCAAGCUGCGCCUCAUCAAGCCCGAGGACAUGGACAUGGACGAGUACUUGCAGUGGCACGAUGACUACAGAAUGUUCCGGACUGUCUUUGUCUACCUGCUGACCGGACUGGAGCACUACCAGCACGGGAAGAUACGCGAGGCUCUGACCUACCUGGCUCACGCCUACGACACCAACGCCACCCUGCUGAGGAGCGGGGAGAAACGCGGCGUGGACACGUCGCUCGUUGCACUUUACAGGCGGAAAUGUCUGGCGACCCUGAACGACAGCGCCACGCGCCUCUUUGCCAGCGGCGAGGAGAGCAAGGUAGAGGAGGGCGUGGCCAUCAUGGACGAGGUGGUCAUUCCCUGCCUGCACCUGAUGAGCCGCGAGUCGUCGCUGUCGCAGGAGGACCGCGAGACCACGGAGAGCAUCCGCAGCCAGUGGUGCUGCUGUCUGGGCCAGGACAUGGACGAUUCGCUGCAGAUGAAGCUGGGCGAGUUUCUGCCAAGGGUUCUGGACUGCUCGGCCGAGACGGUGGUGCUUAAAGACCCCCCUAAAGUCCACAUGAACCAGGCUCACGACCUGUGCAGUCGCCUGGCCGCCGUCAUGGAGUCCAUCCACAAAACCUCGGUGGUCAUCGUCAAGUAACGUCCUGCCCGCGAGCAACAUUGCCGGUCGUUUGUAGUACGAGCUGUUAGCAUUAGCACGCAGGGCGUAACGAGGGGAGAGCUUGUUGCUAGGCAGAGUAAGCACUACGGCAUUUGUACCGCACACAGCAACCAUGCUGGUUGUUUUUUUUGUUUUUUUAAAUAUGUAUUUUAUAUUGUUGCUUUGUACAUGUCCAGAGCAGACUUUGCGAAGUGUCAUUAUGUCGUUGAAGCACAGACAAGUGAAGACGUCUUCAAAGUAGAGCUAUAGAGAGAGCGUUUUAGAGGAACGUGCAAUAGAGGAUUCUUUAGUAAGAGGCUAUUUUUCGAGGUUACGUUAUCCUUAUGGAGUGGCACUUUCGCUUUUAAAAGAACACGCCUCGUCAAAUGUGUCAUGUUUGUAUGAACAAAUCUUCACCAACAAGAUUAAAAAAAAUACG